GGUGGGGACACGUGUGAAUAUCUUCUGUCCAGUGGAAGAUUUCUUGGAGAAAAAGUAUGGCAGCCCCACAGUUGUAUGAUGCAUAAGUAUAAAAAUAGUGAAGCAAAACAAUGCCUCAUAGACAAACAUAUUGUGUUUAUAGGAGAUUCUAGAAUUCGACAGCUGUUCUAUUCAUUUAUAAAACUCAUAAAUCCUCAAGUCAGAGAAGAAGGAAAUAAGCAUGGAAAUAUCCCUUUUGAAGAUAAAUCUGCUUCAAUUAAAGUGGAUUUCCUGUGGCAUCCAGAAGUUAAUGGCUCUAUGAGGCAACGUAUCAAAUCUUGGACAGAGGGUUCUGUGGCAAAACCUCAUAUAAUUGUAGCAGGAGCUGCCACGUGGUCUAUCAAGAUUCACAAUGGCAGCAAUGAAGCCCUCACACAAUACAAAAUAAAUAUCACUUCAAUUGCACCUCUUUUGGAAAAAUUAGCAAAAAGUAGCGAUGUUUACUGGGUCUUACAAGACCCUGUUUACGAAGAUAUGCUGAGUGAAAGUCGGAAAAUGAUCACUAAUGAGAAAAUAGAUGCUUAUAACGAAGCAGCUGUUCGUAUUCUGAACAGCAGCUCCCGAAAUUCCAAAGCUAAAGUUAAAAUGUUCAGUGUAUCAAAAUUGAUAGCACAAGAAACUAUCAUGAAGUCUGCAGAUGGCUUGCAUCUCCCUGAAUCAAGCAGAGAUACAAAUGCGAUGAUUCUCAUGAAUGUCUACUGCAAUAAGAUAAUGAAGCCCAUUGAUGGCUCCUGCUGCCAGCCUCAGCCUCCUCUCACUUUGAUACAGAAGUUAGCUUUCUGUUUCUUUACCUUGUCCAUUAUUGGAUAUUUAAUUAUCAAUUUCAUUCAUCGGAAUAAUUUUCGGAAGAACAAAUCGUGCACUGAUUUGGAAAGCGGAGAGGAGAAGAAACCUGCCAUCAGCACUCCUAAUGUUUCUACUUUAGAGAUGCUCUUACACUCCUUCUGCAAACUUGGUCUAAUCAUGACCUAUUUUUAUCUGUGUGACAGAGCAAAUCUUUUCAUGAAGGAAAAUAAAUUUUAUACACAUUCAUCUUUCUUCAUACCAAUCAUCUAUAUCUUGGUUUUGGGUGUAUUUUAUACCGAAAAUACCAAAGAGACUAAAGUGUUAAAUAGAGAACAGACUGAUGAAUGGAAGGGCUGGAUGCAACUUGUUAUUUUGAUUUAUCAUAUCUCUGGAGCAAGCACUUUUUUGCCUGUGUAUAUGCACAUUCGAGUUCUGGUUGCUGCGUAUCUGUUCCAAACAGGUUAUGGACACUUCUCAUAUUUUUGGAUAAAAGGAGACUUUGCUGUAUACAGAGUGUGUCAGGUUUUAUUUCGUCUCAAUUUCCUGGUGGUGGUACUGUGCAUAGUGAUGGACCGACCUUACCAGUUCUACUACUUUGUGCCGUUAGUCACUGUCUGGUUUAUGAUCAUUUAUGCCACCUUAGCUGUAUGGCCUCAGAUAGUCCAGAAGAAAGCAAAUGGGAAUUGCUUAUGGCACUUUGGUUUGCUGCUGAAACUGAUUUGCCUUCUGACAUGUAUAUAUUUUCUGUCAUAUUCUCAGGGCGCGUUUGAGAAGGUGUUUUCUUUUUGGCCACUGUCGAAGUGUUUUGAACUGAAUGGGAAUGUUUAUGAAUGGUGGUUUAGGUGGAAACUGGAUCGCUACGUGGUUUUUCAUGGGAUGCUGUUUGCUUUUAUUUAUCUGGCACUGCAGAAACGUCAGAUGAUAUCGGAAGGAAAGGGAGAUCCUCUUUUCUCCAGCAGAGUUUCAAAUGUUUUAUUAUUUAUUUCAAUUGUAUCCUUUUUGACCUAUUCUGUUUGGGCUAGUAGCUGUAAAAACAAAACCGAGUGCAAUGAACUACAUCCUUCUGUUUCUGUGGUGCAGAUUUUGGCUUUCAUCCUCAUCAGGAACAUUCCUGGAUAUGCCCGGUCUGUGUACAGCUCAUUCUUUGCCUGGUUUGGCAAAAUUUCUCUAGAGCUUUUCAUUUGCCAAUACCACAUUUGGCUGGCAGCAGACACAAAGGGGAUCUUGGUGCUCAUUCCUGGCUAUCCGAUGUUUAACGUUCUUGUCAGCACUUUUAUCUUUGUGUGCGUGGCACAUGAGAUUUCUCAGAUCACUAACGAUCUAGCGCAGGUCGUGGUUCCGAAAGAUAACUCCGCUCUGCUGAAGAGGUUGCUGUGCGUAGCUGGGUUUUUUUCUGGACUGCUCCUCUUCUCUGCAACGCAAGAGCAGUCAAGGCAUUAACCUGGUGAGAUUCUUGGGAACUUUCCUCAGGCUUACUUUGUGUCUGCCUGAAUAAGAACACUCACCUGGAGGUACAAGAAGACGUUUAAAUGAAGCGUGUGGAAAAUGUA